GUGCUUGAAGUUUUAAUGACCCUAUCUCUUAUCGCUUAAUAAGGCGAAAUUCGUCACAAUGGUUUGUUCUCUAUUGUUUAACUUUGUGAUAAGAUAUAGGGUAAGCGUUAUCAAAUUUACUUUGUGGACGGCAAUAUUAAUUGGUUGCCGCAUUGCGAUUUUUCAUUUCACCGCGUAAGGUUUAGGAACCUUAGGAUGAAGACUGUAACCAUUUUUCUAAUAUGGCUGGCCUGUACUUUUGGAGCAAAUAUUCCACCAACACCAUGCCCUUUGGCAACUGGUUGUGGUAAGGUGGAUGAGUCAAGUGCUAUUUGCGGAUUAGAUGAGGAGGUGGGUUGUAUUCGAAAAUAUCCCUCAAAGUGUCACUUGGAUAUAGCAGCAUGCCAGGAAAAAGGAAAAAAUUUCACCGACUAUAGUGAGGUGUACUGCUCAUUGGAAUCGUAUCUCUGCGAAAAGUCACCCACUUACGAGCGCUGGACCAUUUACUUUGGUCACGAGGAUGAAUAAAAAAUAACUUUUAUAAUUAAUGGGCGACACGUACUGAAAUAUUACGCUUAUAAUUGUACUUCGGUUAACGAACUGAAUGAUUAACUAAAAUAUAUUUCUUUUAUUCUAAUCGUAUUACUUUGCUUGUGCUGAAAGUACAACAAAGUAAUAUCAGCUUCAAAAAUUAGUAAUACAAAAUCGAUAUUGAUAUGGUUUAAUUAAGCAAAGAAGGUUAGACUGUUA